CGGCAGGUAAGGCUCGCAGCUAUGUCUUCCUCAGACUCGACCAUGGCGGAGCAACCGGCGCGAUCGUCCUCAAGUCUUUCCAACAUACCCGUCCCACAGGCGGCCCGCCGAGAGGCCAAAGCGUCGAGCGGUCUCCCCACUCGAACAGCGGCGAGCAAUGGAGCAAGCUCGGGUCCCUCCAGACUGCCUGCGAAGAGUGCCAGCAAGGCAAAUGUCGUGCUGCGAGCGACUGUUGCCAGUGGCUCGGGCAGUGUGUCAGGGUCGUCGAGGGCGUCGACAAAACCCACGGGCGGACUCACACUUCCAAGAGCACCGAUGGUCAACAGGACUAAUCGUCCAGUAGCUGUCGGUAGAGUGCCUAGCGGUAUGCUACCCAAAGGAAAGGUCGCUGUCGGACCUAUCAGGUCUGCCGGAUCUCCUGGACGGGGCCGUAUCAGCCAAGAUUCGAACGAUUCUGGCCGGAUGGAAGCGAUCGAAUCCCGAAUGACGUCGAUGCAGGAUCUUUUCGACAUGGAGAGAAGAAGGACAGACGAUAUGAUGGCGAGGGCCAUGAAGGAAAGAGAAAUGCAGGAGGAAAAAGUUCGACAGCUCGAGGAAGACCUUCUUGAACAACGUCGACUUGCUACCCGGAGAAAGGAAGAGGCAACGAGGCGCAAGUCCAUCGCAGAAGAUGAGCUUCAAGUUAUCACGAGCAAGCACAAUCGUGAGAAACGCAUGCUCGAAGAGGAGCUCGAGCAGGAACGUUCGACGGUGUCCGCCCUGAAAGCCACACUUGCGCAACAGUCGACCGCACACCUCACUAUGGAGAGCCAGCAUGCAGCUUUGCGAACGCAGAUUGGUAGUCAAAAAGACGAGAUCCAAGGCCUGCAAGGACGCAUACAAGAGCUAGAGGCAGCCAACAGAUUGUUGCAAAACACAAGUCUGCACCUGGAGUCCGAGCUGCGCGAAGCCGAGUCGCUCCGACGCAAGCUUCACAACGAGGUCCAAGAGCUGCGAGGCAACAUCAGAGUCUUCGCGCGGGUGAGGCCGAGCGUCAAGAACGACGCCAACAACUCCACUUCUCUGGCAUCGAUUCGAUUUCCUAACGAGCGGGAGGCGAACCAAAUUGAGCUGCUUGCUAUGGGUGAAAGUGCGACGGGCACCGCAACGAUGCGGAACCAUCUCUUCACAUUUGACCGCGUUUUUCAACCUCACACCUCUCAAGCGGACGUAUUCGAAGAGGUGGCUCACCUCACACAGAGCGUCCUCGAUGGCUACAAUACAUGCAUCUUUGCAUAUGGCCAAACAGGCAGCGGCAAGACGCACACUCUGGAAGGAGGGACGGAACUGUCACUUUCCACUGCUUCAGACCCGAGCAGCGAUCCGCACGCCGGUCUCAUCCCAAGGGCUGUGCAAAUGCUCUGGAAGACGGCCGAGGACCUCCACGACAAGGGCUGGAGGUACGACUUUGAGGGCCAAAUGCUCGAAAUUUACAACGAGGGCAUCAAUGACCUCCUGGGCAAAGCUGAGGUCGACACAGCCAAGCACGAAAUCAAGCACGAAAAGGGCCGUACGAUUGUGACGGACACCGUCGUUGUGCCCCUCGACUCGCCCGCCAAGGUAUUCCAGCUGCUUGCCAAGGCCAAAUCGAGGCGCCAAACGGCCUCGACGCUCAUGAAUGAACGCUCUUCGCGCUCGCACAGCGUCUUCAUCGUGCGGGUGCGAGGUCAGAAUGCUACGACGCUGGAAUCGUGCGACGCAGUUCUGUCACUGGUCGACCUUGCUGGUUCCGAACGGCUCUCCAACAGCGGCAGCGGAUCGGAUCCGGCGAGGCUUAAAGAGGCCCAAUGCAUCAACAAGAGUCUCAGCUCCUUGGCGGACGUCAUUGCCGCCUUGGGCAACAGCAAGCAGGGGCAGGGCCAUGUGCCGUACAGGAAUAGUACGCUGACCUGGCUCCUCAAGAACUCUCUUGGGGGUAACUCGAAGACCCUCAUGCUCCUGGCCCUAUCGCCCAUGGCUGAGCAUCUCAAUGAGUCUCUCUGCUCUCUCCGUUUUGCGAGCAAAGUGAACAGCACCGUUAUUGGCACUGCCAAAAAGGUCAAAGGAGCCUCGUCAGACUGAUGCGAGCCGUCUUUUAGCCAUAUUUAGCAGCAUUAAUAAUUAGACAGACUCCCUUCUUUCUCUCCCUUCCUUGUAAUUUUGGUAUCGUCCUUGUUGCACGUAUUUCCAUCACGCUACC